AUGUAUUCAGCGCCCUCCGCCUGCACUUGCCUGUGUUUACACUUCCUGCUGCUGUGCUUCCAGGUACAGGUGCUGGUGGCCGAGGAGAACGUGGACUUCCGCAUCCAUGUGGAGAACCAGACGCGGGCUCGGGACGAUGUGAGCCGUAAGCAGCUGCGGCUGUACCAGCUCUACAGCCGGACCAGCGGGAAGCACAUUCAGGUCCUGGGCCGUAGGAUCAGCGCCCGCGGCGAGGACGGGGACAAGUAUGCCCAGCUCCUAGUGGAGACAGAUACCUUCGGUAGUCAAGUCCGGAUCAAGGGCAAGGAGACGGAAUUCUACCUGUGUAUGAACCGGAAAGGCAAGCUUGUGGGGAAGCCCGAUGGCACCAGCAAAGAGUGUGUGUUCAUCGAGAAGGUCCUGGAGAACAACUACACAGCCCUGAUGUCGGCCAAGUACUCUGGCUGGUACGUGGGCUUCACCAAGAAGGGGCGGCCACGGAAGGGCCCCAAGACCCGGGAGAACCAGCAGGACGUCCACUUCAUGAAGCGCUACCCCAAGGGACAGGCAGAGCUGCAGAAGCCCUUCAAGUACACCACAGUGACCAAGCGGUCCCGGCGGAUCCGCCCCACACACCCCGGCUAG